GCGGGGGCCGGGCACGGGGAAGGAGAGGACCGAAUUCCAGGAACGGGUCACCCGGAAUUAACUUCGGCUUAAAGUUAUGGGAAGCGCGGCCAUGGACACCAAGAAGAAGAAAGAUGUUUGCAGCCCCGGCGGGAGCGGCGGCAAGAAAAACAGCAGCCAGAAGCGGCGUUCGCUGCGGGUGCACAUUCCGGACCUGAGUUCCUUUGCCAUGCCGCUCCUGGAUGGAGACCUGGAGAGUUCAGAAAAGCCUCCGUCUCGUAAGGUGGACAGCCCCUUCGGCUCGGGCAGCCCCUCCAAAGGCUUCUUCACCAGAGGCCCCCAGCCCCGGCCCUCCAGCCCCGUGUCUGCCCCCGUGCGCCCCAAGACCAGCCCUGGCUCCCCCAAAACCGUGUUCCCGUUCUCCUACCAGGAGUCCCCGCCGCGUUCCCCACGUCGCAUGAGCUUCAGCGGGAUCUUCCGCUCCUCGUCCAAAGACUCCUCCCCCAGCUCCAACCCGUCCACCUCGCCGGGGGGCAUCCGGUUCUUCUCUCGCUCCAGAAAAAGUAAGGCAUUGAUGCUUUGGUUCCAGGUGGGUGCAGGGCUGCCGGGGGAGCCGCUCUGGGCCACGGGGGACGCCGCCACUGGGGUGGCUGUAGCGAUGGUGCUGAGCGCACAUCUGGGUCCGUCCCCCAAGAACAAAUUGAGCUCCGGAACAACGGGGUUCCCUGGGGUCCCUUUCUUCCUGCGCUGA